UAGUAAAGUGGAGGCGACAUGAGAUGGCCUUAUUACCAGGAUUCCAAACUGAUGAGAUGGUGAUUAUGCAGGACAACAUGUUGGUGUUGACCCAGGUGACAUCAGCCAGUGAGGGUCAGUACGUAUGUGAGGCUGACAGUCCGGCUGGUCAUGCACACAGGAACUACUCUGUCCAUGUCAUAGUACCUCCAGUUGUUGUUGAUAAAUCUGUAACACCCUUAGACAUUGUGGAGUCCAACGAAGGUCUUCUCACCUGUCCUGUACAGCAAGGAUCACACCAAUCCUCUGUUGUGUGGCUCAAGGAUGGUGUACCAAUCAAUUUAGAGGAAAAUGAGAGAGCAGAUGAUACUCAUUACAAUUUGAAAGAUGGAGGACUUUCUCUGAAAAUAGCUGAAGCUAGGUCAGAUGACACUGGAAUGUACACAUGUGUUGCAACAAAUUUAGCAGGUAGGAGCCAAGCCUCUUUCGCAGUAGAGGUUCUGGUACAUCCUCACUUCUUGGAUGAGUUUCCAGAAACGGAGUUAGUUGUCUCAGAGGGUGAGAGAGUUGUACUCGACUGCAGUGUGGGCGGCAAUCCAGAACCAAAAGUAAGUUGGAAAAGAGUGGAGCUAGGUUUGCCCGUGACACAGCACACAAUGCCUGGUAUGAUGUUAGAACUGCCAUCAAGAUGGCGGGUGAUCAUACCGGCUGUGCGACCUCAUCACUCCGGCACAUACCAGUGUUCAGCUGUCAACAAACUGGGCAAGGAGACCAAGCAGUUCUCCCUUCGAGUGACAGCUCCUCCCGAGUUGGAUGGACCAAAAGAAGAAAAACUGGAAUUAUCUUUAAAUGAGAAGGCAGUACUUCAGUGCCGUGUUUGGGGCACACCAGCUCCUACCAUUGUGUGGGAGUAUUCCAAUUCCACCAGUGGAUUUCAAACGAUUCAAAACCCUGGUUUUGAUCUGAGGUUGUUCGAACUCUCUCCAUUGGCCCCUAGUGAAGCUGGGACAUACAAAUGUACAGCUGUUAAUACUUUUGGUACGGUUUCUAAACACUUCAAUGUUACUAUAUCAGAACCACCAAAAAUAGAACAGUCAGAGUUGACAGAAGAGCUGAAGGUGAGUAUAGGAAGUGACAUGUCACUGAGCUGUGUGACGUCAGGUUCUCCUCCUCCUGUAGUAUCCUGGCUGCACAAUGGACAUUUGGUCAGCAGUCAGUCUCUCGUAGAUGGUCACACUCAUUCACUGCUGCUUGGCCCUGUCAAUACUACGUCGGGUGGCAAAUACUUGUGUGUUGCUUCCAACAAAGCUGGAGUUGCUGAAAAGGCAUUUAAGGUUAAAGUUCUUGUUCCACCAAGGAUAUCUGAGUCAUACCAGUUUUCUGCAGACCCUCAUGUGGUAGUGGUCGAGGGCCUUCCGCUAACCAUCAGAUGUCCCGUGACAGGGACACCGCCACCCAACAUUACAUGGCAUAAAGAUGGUGGACAACUCAAUAAUACCAAUGAUCUUAUUUCAAUCAAAGAAGUAGGAAGAAAUGAUUCAGGGAAUUAUACCUGUACAGCCACAAAUCAUGUUGGCAAAGUUUCCAAAUCAUUCUUGGUUGAUGUUCACACGGCGCCAAUGCUGAAGGAAGAUACGCCUCAGCAGCUGUCAGUACUCAGCAAGACAGAACUAUCGUUAGACUGUUCAGUCACUGGCCAUCCUUCCCCUUCCAUCUUGUGGCUUAACGGCACCCAUCCUCUCUCUAAUUCUGGAGUUAUCUCUCUUACAAACAAAAACCAAACUAUGAAAAUAGGAAGCAUUAAUCUGGAGCAUUCUGGACAUUAUUCCUGUAUAGCAUCAAAUAUUGCUGGCGCUGUUGAGAAGUCUUUUGAUGUAGAUGUUCUUGAGCCACCCAGUUUUAUGGGUGACGAAGCUGCAGGAAACAGGCCUUCAACCAUGCAGAAGGUUAUGCUUCACCGCAAGGUAAUGCUAGAAUGCCCAGUUUCCGGAACUCCAUCUCCCAAUAUAACCUGGUACAAAGACGGGGAGGUUGUUGUGAAGCCUCAACUGAGUGAAGGUGGUCAAGUCCUCCACGUGAUGAAUGCCUUGCCCAGACACGCUGGCAACUACAGUUGUGUGGCUGAGAAUGCAGCGGGCACAACCCGUCUCUUCUUACCCCUCUCUGUCAUUGUGCCACUACAAUGGAGUGAGUGGACAGAGUGGACUUCAUGUAGCAAGAGUUGUGGAGGGGGCAAAGAGGUACGAGAGAGGGAGUGUGGACACAACACAAUCACAGCAUCCGAUUUUGUUGAGCUUGACUCUUCUGAAUGUGUGGGUGAAAAGGAGCAAAUCAGACUCUGCAACGUAUUACCUUGCCAGGUACAUGGAGGCUGGGGAGAGUGGACUAACUGGACAUCGUGUUCUGAAUCUUGUGGACCUGGCACCAGACGUAGAUACCGCCACUGUGACUCCCCUGUCCCAGCUUUUGGAGGUGAUCCUUGUUAUGGUUCUGACGGCCAACAAGAACAAUGCAUUAUUCAACCCUGCCCUCUUCAGUCUCAGUGGAGUGAAUGGACUUCAUGGAGCAGGUGUACCACAAAGUGUGGCAUGGGCACCUAA